AUAAUCCAGCUCAAAGCAGAUAAUGUGGAUGAUCUGCCUCGAUAUUCUGGGUGAUAUGGCUGUGUGGAAUCCCUUUUCCCAGAACUUGUAGAAAACUCAAAAGAGGAGGCGCUGCCCAAACAAAGCUUCUGGAGACCCGGAGGCGCCCGGAGAGGACAGUGGAGGAAGAAGGCAGGAAGGAAAGAAGGAAGAAAGGCGAGGGAGGACUCAGGUUACAAUUCCUGGGUGUCUUGGGAGCAGGUCUCCUGCAAGGCGAGGGAGGCGGGCCUGGGCGAGCGAGGAGGCCCCAGCGCGGGAAGGGCUCCGAGGCAGAAGGCGAGCGGCUUGGCAACCUGGGCAGCCUUUGGGAAGGGAAGGUGGAGUGUGGCGCCUCGUCGUCCUUUGUUGAAAGAAGGAGAAACAGCGAGGGAAGGAGAAGGGGGAAGGAAAGAGAGGCCCGACCCAGCUGCCCAGCAAUGACAAGGACCUCCGGCUCAAGAAACCUCCGCGAGUCCCUUUGGACGGAAGCUCAGCGCUAGUUUCCUUCUCUCUCUCUCUCAGGAGGAGCGCGCCUGCCUUCAGGGAACCAACCAUUGGAAAAGAUGACCACGUGCUACUACAAUGAGUCAAUUGAGUUCUUCUACAACAACAGUGGCAAGAAGCUGUCCCACAUAUGGAGACCCAAGGAUAUUUUGGUGGUCGCUCUUGGCUUGACGGUCAGCAUCAUUGUGCUCCUCACCAACUUGCUGGUCAUCACGGCUAUUGUCAUCAACAAGCGCUUCCAUUAUCCCAUCUACUACCUGUUGGGGAACCUGGCAGCUGCUGACCUCUUUGCAGGCAUCGCUUACAUGUUCCUGAUGUUCCACACUGGACCCAGGACAGCGCAACUCUCUCUCAAGACCUGGUUUGCCAGGCAGUGCCUUUUGGACACCAGCUUGACAGCCUCAGUGGUCAAUCUCCUGGCCAUUGCAGUGGAGCGGCACCAGACAAUUUUCACCAUGCAGCUUCACAGCAAGAUGUCCAACCAGCGGGUGAUGAUCCUCAUUGGCUGCAUCUGGAUCACAGCCUUGCUGCUGGGCCUCAUCCCUUCAUACGGCUGGCACUGUCUCUGCAAUCUGAGCGAUUGCUCCCGGAUGGCUCCCCUCUACAGCCGCAGAUAUUUGACCUUCUGGGCCCUCUCCAAUCUCUUCAUCUUCCUCAUCAUGGUGGUAGUCUACACUCACAUCUUCAUCUAUGUGAAGAGGAAAAUGGCCCGGAUGUCCAAGCACACCACUUUCCAUCCCCGCUAUAAGGACACCAUGAUCAACCUCAUCAAGACAGUCAUCAUUAUCCUCAGUGCAUUUGUCAUCUGCUGGACCCCUGGACAGGUGGUACUCCUAUUGGAUGGCCUUGACUGCAAAAGCUGCAAUGUGCUAGCAGUGGAAAAGUACUUCUUGCUGCUGGCGGAAAUCAAUUCGCUUAUUAAUGCUAUUGUCUACUCCUACCGGGACAAUGAGAUGCGCAGCACCUUUCGGAAGAUCCUUUGCUUUGCCUGCUAUAGGAAUCCAAAGUACUCACCAGCUUCAGUCAAGUCCAGCACCACAGAGCAUAGGAUAUUGCCUCAGAAUGGACAUUCGAUGAUGGAUUCCACCCUCUAACUCUACAGGUUCAGGAUCCUCUAGACUGUUCAUUGGAAGCCAUUCUCAAUUAUAUGUCUAUCUGAAACGGAAGCUGGAUGCUGUGGUUUCCAAGUGGCUUUAGCAUUGACUGGGAAUAUUGUUGCAACUGGUGGUGAUUUUACCUGUGGAUUUGGUCAAUGCCUGAAAGCAUCUGCCUUCACCUGUAGUGCCAUGUUGUGACUGUGUGUCUUCGUCCGGCUGAAGCUUGUGUAUCAGGACUGAUGAUACAUAACCAUGUUUCUGGGACAUUGUGACUCUUCACAGGCAACACAGCAAAGGAAUGAAGGUGUUUGUUUUGUGUCACAACUUCAGAGGCACCUUAAACAUUUGUUGUGUGCUAAGGACCUAUUCAAAAUUGGUUUGCACCGAAGUUUCUACAAGACCUGUCUUUUAUCUUCUUCCAUCCCUUCCAUGGGCUAGUAUGCCAGUAUUGCUCUUUCUGUUAAUGGUCCACAGGUGGACCUUAGGACAAAUUUCUUUUGACUUGUUCAUAAAACACAAACUUGGACAAACUUUUGAAAAGUGGUGGGACAAAAACAUUGAGGUACAUGCAUCACCCCUAUGCUUGUGAACUGCUGUUUUUAAUGCUUUUUUUUCAGUUUGAGGGGUGCCAGUGUCUGCCAAACCAAAGCAAUGCAUCUAUAUAUUUCUCCAAAAUGUUUAUGCUAGCCCUUUUCAGUAUUAUUGCCUAAUUUGGCAGAGCCAUCCCAGGGUUAAGAUAUCAAAUCUGCAUUCUGUGGUAUGCAUCCUCUCCUUGAGGGUCUGUUACAACCUGAGCUGGCUCUCUUCUUGAACUAUAUAAUUCCCAUGAAUUUAGCACAGGGAGAAUCUAGAUUAAGGUUCCAGAUUGAUAGCUAAAUUCAUGCCAUGACAGAUACUAGCAUCAGUCCAUACCGAUGGAGUACAGACACUGCAACAAGCAAAGGCAAGAACUGAACAUAUAAAGAAGGAGGUUUCUCCACUUGUUUUAUUUGGUACUCAAUAGUGAUUUUAAUGCAAGCCCAUUCAAGGCUUACCUUUCCAGCUGUCUUCUGCCCAAAUUCCCAGCUCCUUUGUGGUAGAAAGAAAUUACCCUUGUAUUCUUGAAGCAGAAACACAGUGCCCAUGUAGGUCAAAGAUGAGAGAUAUGUGGCUCUCAGCAUGUUACUGGAUUACAAUUCUCAUGAUUCCUCCCCCUGGGACUAGACCAGUGGUUCUCAAUCUGUGGGUACCCAGAUGUUUUGGCCUGCAACUCUCAGAAAUCCUAGUGGCUGGCAAACUGGCUGGGAUAUCUGGGAGCUGUAGGCCAAAAUACCUGGGGACCCACAGGUUGAGAACCACGGGUAUAGACCAACAGGAUUAAGCUAAGGUGGCAUGUUGCUUGGGAAUCUCCCAGUAGCAUGAGAGGGUGGGUUUGCAUUUAUGCGGUACUCAUCUGAAAGACAGUGGAGGAUGCAGCAGGUGAAAUAUUUAAGUCAGCAAGGAGAUGCUCUGCUCAAAGGCAGUCCUGUUGUUUGACUUUUCUUCCCGUUGCACAGAGGCACCAUGCUGUUCAUAAGCUGACAACCCUAUUAAAGACUUGAUCAUUUGAAUCAAACAAUAAAUAUAUAGGGAUCUCAACCCAA